CACAACCAUAAAAAGUUCUUAUUGAAAACGGAAAAACGAAAAUUACGAUGAUAAGCAUCCACAAGCUUACAAUUGUUUGGGGUUGUAUAAUUUUCUUAAAAGCCUUUCCAAUAAGCAACAAAUUUAAAAAGCAAAUACCAUCAGACACAGCGUAUCAAUUUAUGAAACAAUAUGGUUAUAUAGUGGAUGAUGGAGGCAAAUCGGAAGCCCUAUAUUCGGAGGAAAGUGUUAGAAAUAUCAUCAAAACUAUGCAAAGGUAUGGUGCGAUUGAAGAAACAGGAGUCAUUGACAAUGACACAUUAAAGUUAAUAUCAUCGCCAAGAUGUGGAGUUGAAGAUAUCGUUUCUGGCGGUCGUACAAAAAGAUACGUCACCACUAAAGGAUGGAACAAAAGAAAUUUAACUUAUUACAUAUCAAAUUGGUCAUCAAAACUAAAUGAAGACACUGUAGCAAGCAAUAUACAAAAAGCCUUAGAUAUUUGGGGAUCGUAUGGCAGAUUAACUUUCACGAGAAGUAAUAGUCAGUAUGCAGACAUUAUAGUAUCGUUUGCAUCUGGUUAUCACGGAGACAGCUACCCAUUUGAUGGUCCUGGUUUAGUAUUGGCACAUGCCUUCUUUCCAUACAGAUACGAAGAAGUCGGCAUUGAUGGAGAUAUACAUUUUGACAACGACGAAGACUGGGCUGACAGGGCCAACAACGUAGGCAACCCGGAGGGUACUGAUUUUUUCACAGUAGCAUUACACGAACUAGGCCAUUCGUUAGGACUGGCCCAUUCAACAGUACCUACUUCUGUAAUGUUUCCGUACUAUAAAGGCUACGAACCUGGAGCACAGACGUAUUUAGACUACGAUGACAUAAUAGGAAUGUACCAAUUAUACAUCGCUCGAAGUAUACCUGAUAGCGGUAUUCCCAGCAAUGACAUACCUGAUCGUGAACCAGUACAACAGAAAGAACCACCACAAGACUUUCUGUAUCAUGGAGACUCGGAAUCGGUGGAUGAGCAUAAGGAACACGAUCCAACCCAUCAUAUACCCAAGGAUAACUCACCAAGCCUUCCGUAUAUUUGUAACGGAUACCUGGAUGCUGUGGCGACCUUAAGAGGAGAGCUGUUUGUAUUUAAAGAUGAGUAUUUGUGGCGAUUCAGAGAUAUGAGACGUCUCGAGCCAGGGUACCCCACAAAAACCCGAGAAAUGUUUCCAGAGUUACCAGAAGAUAUAAAGAAAAUCGAUGCAGCAUAUCAAAGGACCGAUGGCAGUAUAGUGCUGUUUACUGGAAAUCAGUACUGGGUAUCUGACGGUUCCAGAUUUAUUGAAAACAGUCCUUUGCCAUUGUCAAAUUACGGUCUUCCUGAUUACCUGGACAGUAUCGAUGCUGUUCAAUUAUGGGCCAAAAAUGGCAAGACAUAUUUUUACAAAAACGAUCGAUUCUGGAGAUACAACGAAUUAACCAAAACCAUGGACGAAGGUUAUCCUAUGCACAUGGAGAGAUGGCGUGGUGUUCCACAAAAUUUAGAUGCAGCAACAACAUGGAAAGACGGAAACACGUAUUUUUUCAAAAACGAACUCUUCUGGAAGUUUGAUAACGACUGGAUUAUCGCUACUGAAACAUCUCCUUUCCCUAUUGGUCCCAUUUGGUUCGGAUGCGAAGAGGAAAAUAAUAUGAUGCGAUUAUUUGGAAACAACUAACUGAUUGUUUUUUUUUAUAAAUACGUUUAAUUUUGGAUUAUAUUUUUUGACUUGUAAUUAUUUCAUGUUAAAAGUACUGAGAAAGUUAAAAUUAAACAGAUAUCAAUAA